AUGAGUGCCACUGGUGGAGGAGGCUUGCCUCAUAGUACAUCGGCUGACAAUGUGCAUUCGUUGCACUCGUCAUCAAAGAGAGACCCAUUUCAAGCGAUGAAGUCCGUUGGAAAUGCUUCGUCACAUGGUUUGGCACAUUCGCUGAGCAAUCCAGGUGGACAUCUUCUUGGACAGACCCAAGUGACACCCGAACAGAAUGUACCCGAGAUCAAAGUCAGCAGGACAUCACAUGAUUUCAAGCCCUACAGAUCAUCAUCACCAUGCACAUACUGUGGCGAGAGUAUUGGAUGGAAACCAUUCGCCAACUCAUUCAAAUGCUCACAAUGUGGAAUCGUGUGUCAUAAGAAAUGCCUGGACUUGAUGAGCACAAUGUCAUGCUCCAACAACAGUGUGAAUAAGGUCAAGAGACCAAAGUCGACAAAUACUAGCCCGCCAAUGGCACCAACCAAUCCACCAACAUCACCAACAUUGUCGGCCGUGCCCACAAUGUCGGGCGCAUCACAGAUCCCCUCACCAAGUCUGUCCGUGUCUUCAACGACCCCCAGCACGCCCGUGUCGGGUGAGAUUGAGCCUGGCGGCUCGCCCUCGCUGGCGUCGAUGCCAGCCGACGACAAGCUCAUCGACUCGAUGUUCAACGCCCUGGUCAAGGAGCGUGGACUGCCCCUCUCGGGCCUCAAGAUGACCAAGGAGAACAAGUGGAUAUUGAUCACCCAACACAGCCAUCUGCACCAAGACACACAGGCGCCCAGCACAGGCGCACCGAGCACCAGCGACCACUCCUCACCAGAGGCCUGUUUGUCAUCGCUGAUAGUCAUGCUGCGCACCAAGCAGAUCAGCUGGGUGAGCAACUUUAUCAACAUGGACGGCAUCAAUCUGAUACUACAGCAGCUGCUGCUCAAGAAGAAGGAGAACAGAGAGGACUGUGUGCGAGCGAUUGCCGUGCUGAUGAACUCGCCGGUUGGCCUGCAGGCCGUGUCCAGCCAGCCGCUGACGGCCAAGUGUCUGGCGAUGGUCAUCAACGCGCCACAGCAGUUCAACCUAAAGGCGCGUGCCAGUGCCAUCGAGCUGCUCACCGUCAUGUGCAUUGACAAGUGGGUGCCCGGCGGCUACAGUAUGGUGCUCAAAGCGCUCACCAAGAAGAAGGAGAAGAAGAGAUUCGCAGUAUUUGUCAAGUUCAUCCGCGAGAACUCUUCGCUCGAGAUGAAGACCAAGGUGCUGUGCUUCAUCAACGUGCUCAUUCACGAGCCCGAGGAGACGGGCGUGCGUGUCAACAUCCGUUCAGAGUUCCUGCGACUGGGCCUCUGGGAGCAUCUGUCUACGCUCAAGAAGGAACUGGCGCCCGAGGACCUGCUACUCACACAGAUCGAGAUCUUUGAGGAGAUGAUGGAGGAGGACAACCAGGAGAUGGAACAGAAGUUGGAGGAGCUGAAGCGUCGUCUAGGCGUCGACACAGACAACAUCGACGCCGUCUUCAAGGCGCUCAAGUCAGCGUCGUCCAAGCUGGGACUGCAAAAGUCGUUCCUUUCCAUCCUCCAGAACCUGCUAGUAAUACAGUCCGAGUCAAGCACGGACGGCGUCAAGUACUGGGUGCUGUGCGACACGCUUGUGCGCCAGGUAUCCAUGCACAAGAGUGGCAAUGUUGGCGACGCCAACUCGAUUGACUUCAAGUCACUGCUGGAGAAGGUCGACACCAAGGAGAUCAUCCUACAACGCAAGCUUGGAGAGCUGGAGAAACAGAACAUUGAGAAGGCCGCGCUUCUCCAGGAGAAGGACAUCAACAUCAAGCAGCUGCUCGACCUAGUCAAGCAGAUCAAGGAGUCUGGCGGCGAGAUCAGUCCGGAGCUCAAGAAGCAGAUCGACGACGCCAUCAAGGUGCUCGAAGCACCACCACCCAAGCUGGCCGAGAUCCCGACAACACUGCCGCCUGUUCCCGAGGUAGCUGAUGGAGCCACCGUUAGUGGAGGCCCUCCACCACCUCCAAUGAUGGGCGGACCUCCUCCACCUCCACCUCCACCCCCUCCCGGCCCGGGCAAGAAGAACCCGGCCGCCAUAAAGACGCGUCCACCCCCCAAGGUGCCCAAGCCAUCUCAUCCAUUGAAGGCCCUUCAAUGGGGCAAGAUGCCCGCACAAAAGGUCAACGAGUCGGUGUUCAACAUCCUGGGCGAGAUGAACGACAUUGACCUGCCAUGGCACGAGAUCGAGACAGAGUUUGCCGCCAAGGUCAUUGUUCGCAAGGAGAAGGUCGUCAAGCCACGUGGCCCAAUGCAAGUGGUCGAUGCCAAGCUCGGUCAGAACAUAUCUAUCUUCCUCUCACAGUUCAAGGGCGUGUCGAAUCGCGACCUGGUCACAGCCGUGCUCAAUCAAGACGAAACCAAGAUCUCGCGUGACCAAGUCCGCCAGAUGGCCAAGCUUCUUCCCAGCAAGGAUGACCAAAACGCACUCAAGGACUUCCUGGCCACACAGGAGCGCUCCAAGCUGGCCCUGGCCGACCAGUACUGCAUCGACAUUGGUGCUUUCCCAUUCGCGGCCGAGAAGAUCGCGCUGUUCCAGCUGCGCAGCGAGUUCUCAAUGCGCGUAGCUGAGCUACGCCCGGACAUUGCUGCCGUCAACCUGGCAUGCAACGACAUACUAAAGAGCCAGAACAUCAAGCGACUGUUUGAGAUCGUGUUGGUGCUCGGCAACUUUAUCAACUACGGCACAGUGCGUGGCGAGCAGUCUGGCUACAAGAUCGACACACUGAUCAAGAUGGCCGACACCAAGUCGUCCGACCUGCAGACCAACCUUACCCACACACUGGUGCGCUACUGUGAGCAGCGUGAGAAGAAGCUGCUUACUUUUGCCGACGAGCUUUCAUCGCUGAGCACUGCCAAGCGUGUGAUAUGGUCGGGUGUGGUGGCUGAUCUGGCGGCGCUGUCGCGAGACUUCUCCGCAUGCAAGGCCAUCGUCGAGCAGUUCCAAAAGACGAACGAGCCGUUCUGUCAGACGAUGCUAUCAUUCCUGGAGCUGGCCGCCAACGAGGUGGACAAGCUGAAAAAGCUGCAGGCCAACACCGAGGAGAGCUUCAAGAAGCUGUGUACAUAUUUAGGCGAGGAGAGCAGCAAGACGACGCCGGACGAGGUUUUUGAGCUGUUCUCGCGAUUCGUCGAGCUGUUUGAGGGCGCCACCAAGUUCCUCGAGCAGAUCAAGGAGCAGGAGGAGAAGGAGGCCAAGCGCGAGGCCCAGAAGCAGCUGCGAGCAGAGAUACAGAAGAAGAAGCAGCUGACACCCGCCACUGGUGUCGCGGGCAACAAGAAGAAGGAGGAUCAAGACGACGACAUUGUAAAUGACCUACUGGUGGCCGUUCGAGACGGAGAUGUAUUCAGAAAGGGAAGAAGAAAGGGUGCCCUACAACGUGUGGACACUGUCCAACUCUCAACCUUCAGUCCCAUCGUCAACUCGUCUCCACCGACGACCAAGAAGUAA